CUCUACAGACAACAUGACUGGUUGUCUACUGAGAAGAUGAUGUCGGUGUAAACAUCCACUGUGUUGGAUUUACUAAAUUACAGGCAAUACAUCCAGAUUGAACUAUUGUAGGCCAUUCAUUCUAACCGAACAACCGAAUAAUGGCAACCGUCAAAAAGGAUGAGAGACUGACAAAUUCACAGAGCUUCCUAUGCGUGGGAUUUGCUGGAAUCUUCAGCAAAACAGCCACGUCUCCAUUGGAGGUUGUAAAGAUUAAAAGUCAGAUUGGGACGUUUCACAGCAAAAUAGGUUUUUUAAACACUUUUCUUUUAAUCUACAAGAAUGAAGGCCUGCGAGCAUUGUGGAAAGGAAAUAUGGUUUCGUGCCUUCGGUUGUUCCCUUACAGUGCGAUACAUCUGGCAACCUACAAAAAGAUUGUCCACUUGCACAUGGACGAAUUGUGCUACAUCUCUCAGUGGAGGGCUAUUGCUGCCGGUGGACUGGCCGGGAUCGCCGCUGCCCUGGUCACGUACCCCCUGGAGGUGGUGGAAACAAGGCUCAUCGCCCAGAACUGCCGGCAGCCUACGUACAGGGGAGUCCUACACAGCCUCUCUAGCAUCGUCCACCAAGAAGGACUGAAGUCCCUCUAUAGAGGCUUCUCCCUGACAGUCAUCGGUGCUGUGCCUUUCUCCCUGGGCUGUUAUGCGGUGUACAUUAAUUUGGAGAAUCUGUGGCAGGAGCCCAGCUUUCGCUUCACGCCGCUGCAGAACUUCAUCAACGGUUGCGUGGCCGCGGGUCUGGCCCAGACCCUCUCUUUCCCCUUUGAGACGGUCAAGCGGAAACUGCAGGCCCAGAGCGCUCUGCUGCCGCACUGUGGCGGGGCUGACGUCCAUUUCAGCGGCACGCUGGACUGCUUCAGGCAAGUCGUCAAAAACAAGGGGAUUCUGUCUCUGUGGAGCGGCCUCACCGCCAACGUGAUCAAGAUUGUGCCCUACUUUGGCCUGCUCUUCAGCUGCUUUGAGAUGUGCAAGCAGAUCUGCCUGUACCGGAACGGCUACAUCGUAUCGCCGCUGAGCUACCAGCUCACCCCGGGCGUGGACCAGAGCCUGGGCCCCUCAGAGCUAGAGGAAGUGAAGCGGUACCUGAGGAACAGGAACUUCUGCGCAAAGCAGUCAACCAUCGACAACCGGUGGUGACACAGGCCUCCAGGCCCUAAGGCCCCAAACUGCUGAGGAAGAAUCCUCAACUCAGUCUGCCUGCACCUCCCCAAAUGGAGCAGAAAUGUUUGUUGGACAAGUUUGGGGAGGACACUGUGUCUCGAUUGGGGAGAAGCAAUGGUGCGGAUGUUUACUGCAUAGUUUGUGGUGUCCCUGUGAAUUACCCGAGGCAGUACAUAAUGCAGUUGGUCCAGUUGUUAGGAAGCGUGUAUUCCUCAUGCCACAUUGUAUUUGCAAGUGGCAAUGCAUUACACGGCAACAUUCACAUACUCAGCGGUACUUACUUCCAAGUAAGUUUGCGUUCAGGCCACAACCUGCAAUACCAUUCUCUAAACUUGAAGCUUUUGUGUGAAUUGCCUUUAUUCAUUCAAAACUACAGGGAGUCCAUAAUGCACAGUAUUAUGUCAUGGUUAGGUUCCAAGCACAUCCAAAAUAAAGGAUAGGACACAGAAAUAUGAAGCACUGAUCUACUGCUGCUAAAGAGAUUUUUUUCUGCAGAAUCAUUGGAAUUAUGUUAAUGCAUUAAUGCUAAUACAAGUAUUGCUGGCAUUGUGUUUGAUGCACACAUCUACACCAAGGAAAUUUGUGUGGUUAUUUUUUAUGUAGAUCUACGUUAAUUUACUUUAAUUAUCUCGUAAUGGAUUUUUUUCAUUCCUGAAAUGAAGUGCCAAUCAGAUGCUGAAAGCACAUUGCCACAUCUCUAGAAAUACAGACCACUCCAUUGAAAUUUCAUGGAAAAUGCAAUUACUGUCUGUCAUAUGAUGUUUAUAAGUAUUUCAUUUACUAAAGAAAGUGUAUUUUCAUAUGUGUAAUAAAACAAAUGUGCAUUGAAUGAU